AGGCGGGGCAUUUUGCUGCACCGAGAGCGGCGGCGGCGGCGGCGACGGGGCGGAGCAGCCGCUUUAAGCACGAGAGCGCGCUAGCUUCCGUCGGAGCUCGUGAUACCAAUGAAGCAGAUCGAUUCGCUGUGGCAAGAGGUUCGAGACCUGAGCCUCGGCAACGCCACCGCCAUCCGCCGCCUCGACUCCCCUCCGGCGCCGCUCGAGUUCCUCCGCGACUUCGUCUCCCUCAACAAGCCCUGCCUCAUCUCCGGCGCCGCCACCGCUCACUGGCCAGCAGCCGCCCUCUGGCGCGACCGCGCGCACCUCACUCGCGCCCUCUCGUCCUCCUCCGUCACCGUCCACCUCACCCCCAACGGACGCGCCGAUUCGCUCGUCCCGAUCGAUGGCGGCUCCGCAUCGUCGUCGCCGCCGCCGCCGGCUCUCUGCUUCGCCUCUGCGCACGCGCAGCGCGUGCCGUUCGCGGAAGCGCUGGACAUGAUCUCGAGGAGCAGCCGGGAGAGCAAUUUCGUCGCGUACGCGCAGCAGCAGAACGACUGCUUCCGAUCGGAGUACGGUCCUCUCGCUCGCGAUUGCGAUGGGCAUGUCCCGUGGGCGAGCGAAGCCCUGGGCUCCCUGCCGGAGGCCGUGAACCUGUGGAUCGGGAAUCACUUCUCGGAGACUUCUUUUCACAAGGAUCACUACGAGAAUCUCUACGCUGUCGUCACCGGCGAGAAGCAUUUCCUGCUCCUUCCUCCGACGGAUGUUCAUCGUAUGUAUAUCGAAGAUUACCCCGCGGCGCAGUACUCCUACAUUAAGGAAACUGGGGAAUUCAAGCUGGAAGUCGAAGAACCAAUCAAGUAUGUACCUUGGUGCGGUGUCUAUCCUUAUCCUUCUCCGGAGAACUUGGAGAGCGAGAUGGCGAAGUUUCCAUUGUAUUUCAAUGGUCCCAAGCCAUUCGAGUGCACAGUCAAGGCUGGGGAGAUUCUUUACCUACCAAGUAUGUGGUUUCAUUAUGUCAAACAGACUCCAGAUGACACAGGACUCACCAUUGCUGUUAAUUAUUGGUAUGAUAUGCAGUUUGAUAUGAAAUAUGCAUACUUCAACUUCUUGCAAUCAAUUGAAUACCAACCAAUACAUGACUACAUGGGGACUGAAGAAGAGUCUGAAGAUUUAUAAUCAGUCUAGAUGCUGUUGUAAAUCAAUGUCUCAAUGAGCUGUAGCCCAUCAUUUCAUCUGUGAACUUCUUUAUUGCUUUUCUCUGGUUAUGGAUGGAAUCUUCAUCUGAAGCUUGCCUUGAGAUGGUUAUGAACAAGGAAGACAGUUUAAAAGGUCCCUGACUAUCAGCAAGUUUAAUUAACGCUUGGAGAACAGGAUCUCAGAUUAGCCUUACUGGUGCAUUUACUUCUUCACCAGAUUGGGUCAAAGGUUUUCUGUCAAUGCAUCUUGAAACUGCUUAUGACUGAAUGGCCUCCAUUGAAGUUUUCAAAGAAAUUUGAAGCUACCAAGCUGUUUAUCAGUUUUGUUAUGGUCUAUAUCAAGAGGACAUCAUUCCAGAAUGAUUUGUGGUUCCAUAAAUAUGGAACAAGUUGCUUUAUGGUUUAGUAAUAACUCAGUUUAUUGGGUAUGCCAGGUUCUACUUGCUUCUUCACCUCUGUAAGUUAGGUCUUAAGCUGGUCUUGCAGGUAAAUGAGCUUUACGUCUAGUUAAUUAUCCAAAGAGAAGUCAUCCCGUGCUGCAAGGUUCUAGGAGACGUGUGGGAAGUUUCCAAGCCAUAACUUUCUUGGUGUUUGAUGCUAGGCGAGUAGUAUCAGAGCCCCAGGGGAAAAUGAAGAGAGAGGGCAGUCUUUUUUCCUUCUCUCUCUUGUUUUCUUUAUCUGGUAUUGUUUCGGUUGUUCAACUAUCUUGGAUUCUAGGCGAAUUAGUCAUCCUGAAUCA